AACGCAGUGGUGUAAUCCAAACAAUAGAAACUGAUAAUAUAUCAAUUCAUUCCAUUCCAUUACAUCAUUUGAAAAAGGUAAAAGGUAAUCGCGCGCCCAGUAGCUCACGGCGGUGAGAGGCGGAGCUUGGUAGCGGUGAAGCCCUCGCAGCGGAAUAAGGAAAAUUAAAGAGAAAGCUCUUGAAGAUAUAGCUAAAUCACUUGGUAAGAAGGAUUGGAACUUCAACAUAGAUCCAUGCAGCAACAAACCUAACUGGACUAUGGGUGAGCCUCCCAAUCGCAGAUUGGAUAUCGUACAGAGCAAUGUUUACUGUAACUGCUCUAUUGCCGGUGACAAUUUCUGCCAUGUUAUUUCAAUAACUUUGAAAGGGCAAAAUCUUCCUGGCACUCUCCCACCAAGACUGACCAGGUUGCGUUACCUUCAAACAAUUGACCUCUCUCGCAAUUAUUUGCAUGGUACAAUUCCAAAACAAUGGGGCUCCAUGAUGAAUAUUAGUAAAAUUGCUCUUCCAGUAAACCGAUUAACGGGUUCAAUACCAGCUGAGAUUGCAAACAUAUCUACUCUCCAAAAUUUGGAGUUAUGGAACAAUCAGUUGUCAGGAAAUCUUCCUCCUGAACUUGGGUAUCUAACCCAAAUUCAAACACUGCGAGUUUCCUCUAACAAUUUUACUGGAGAACUACCUGUGACAUUGGCCAAGCUCAUUACAUUGCUGGAUUUCCGAAUUGAGGACAAUCAAUUCUCUGGAAAGAUACCUGAUUAUAUUCAGAACUGGAAAAGUAUACAAAAACUAAUGAUUCAAGGAAGUGGAUUAAGUGGGCCGAUUCCUUCUGGAAUUUCACUCUUGACAAACUUAACUAACUUGAGAAUUAGUGAUUUGAAUGGAUCUGACUAUGCACCUUUGCCACAACUUAAUAAUCUGACGUCAUUAGAAAAACUGAUUCUAAGGAAUUGCAACAUUAACGGGACGCUACCUAAUUAUCUUAGGAAUAUGACAACAUUAAAGCAUUUAGACCUCAGCUUUAACAACUUAAGUGGAAUAAUUCCUUCGACCUAUGCUUACCUAAACAACUUGACAUACAUAAUUUUAACUGGAAACCUUCUCACUGGAUCAAUGCCUCCUUGGUCAACAAAAGUCAACGUAGACCUUUCAUACAAUAACUUCAGCUUAAGCCAAGUGAGUCAGAUAUGUCAAAAUGAUAAAGUGAACUUGUUUUCUACCUCAUGGGCACGCAAUGACAUAGGAACAACUUCGUGUUUGAGCUUUGAAUGUCCCAAACCCUCAAACUCCCUUUAUAUAAAUUGUGGUGGAAAUCAAGCAAAAGUCAACAGAACAACCUAUGAUGGUGAUUCAGAUUCAUCUGGACCAGCUAGAUUCCAUGCCAGUCCAACAGGAAAAUGGGCAUCUAGCACCACUGGUGCAUUCAUUGAUAGUGAUCAACUUGGAGCAACUUAUUAUUCCACAAAAUAUACCUCUACACUUACUAUGGUGGAUGCUGAAUUGUACAUGACUGCGCGCGUUUCUCCUAUUUCUUUGACUUAUUAUGGAUUUUGCCUGGAAAAUGGAAGCUACACAGUAAAUCUACAUUUUGCUGAAAUAAUGAUCAGAGAUGAUCAAACCUAUGGUAGUCUUGGAAGGCGUGUAUUUGAUAUCUACCUUCAGGGAAAGGCAGUGCAAAAGGACUUCAAUAUUGCAGAAGAAGCAGGAGGAGUUGGUAAGAAAAUUGUAAAACAGUUCAAUGUUGUUGUUACUAGUAAUACCUUGGAGAUCCGAUUGUAUUGGGCUGGAAAAGGGACACAGUUUCUCCCUAAUAGAUCAGUAUACGGUCCUCUUAUAUCAGCUAUAUCAGUUGAAACUGCAGACUCUCCACAUGGAAGCAUAUCUGCAGGAGCUGUGGUUGGAAUUGUGGUUGCAGCAACAGUUAUUAUCAUUCUAGUAUUUGGUACACUUUGGUGGAAAGGAUGUUUUGGAAAGAAAAAUUCAUUAGCAAAAGAGCUGGAGAGUUUAGACCUACACACGGGUUUAUUUACCUUAAGACAAAUCAAAGCAGCCACAAAUAACUUUGAUCUUUCCAAUAAGAUUGGAGAAGGAGGGUUUGGUCCCGUGUACAAGGGAUGUUUACCCAAUGGGACAUUAAUAGCAGUAAAGCAACUUUCUUCUAAAUCAAAGCAAGGGAAUCGUGAGUUUUUAAAUGAGAUAGGCAUGAUUUCUGCUUUGCAGCAUCCUUAUCUUGUUAAACUCUAUGGUUGUUGUGUGGAGGGAGAUCAGUUGUUGCUGAUAUAUGAAUACUUGGAAAACAAUAGUUUAGCUCGUGCUUUAUUUGGUCCAGAAGAACAUCAAAUAAGAUUAGAUUGGUCAACUAGGAAGAAGAUCUGUGUUGGUAUUGCUAGAGGAUUGGCAUACCUUCAUGAAGAAUCAAGACUGAAGGUUGUUCACAGGGACAUCAAAGCAACUAAUGUGUUGCUUGAUAAAGAUCUUGACCCAAAGAUAUCUGAUUUUGGUUUGGCCAGACUUGAUGAGGAGGAGAACACUCACAUUAGCACUAGAAUUGCUGGGACCUACGGAUAUAUGGCUCCUGAGUACGCAAUGCAUGGUUAUUUGACGGACAAAGCAGACGUUUAUAGUUUUGGAAUUGUUGUCUUGGAAAUCAUUAGUGGAAAGAACAACACCCUCUAUCGGUCAAAGGAGGAGGCAUUCUAUCUUCUUGAUUGGGCACAUUUGUUGAAGGAGAGGGGUGACCUAAUGGAGCUAGUUGAUAGAAGAUUAGGAGCAGAUUUCAACAAAAAGGAAGCUAUGGUGGUAAUAAAUGUGGCUCUCCUAUGCACGAAUGUAACUUCAAACCUUAGGCCCUCCAUGUCGUCGGUGGUAAGUUACCUUGAAGGAAGGACUAUGGUUCCAGAAUUUGUUUCAGAUUCAAGUGAAGUAAUGGAUGAAAAGAAGAUGGAAGUAAUGAGGAAGUAUUACUAUCAGAUGGAAGAAAAUACCUCACAAAGUCAGCGUAUAUUAAAUGACGGGUCAUGGACUGCUACAUCUUCAUCAGCUGUAGACCUUUAUCCUGUUCACCUUGAUUCUUCCUAUUGGGAGGAAAGAAAUUAA